UGAGCUGUUGAUCAGCAUGUCACCUUUUAGCUGCAAAGACAUGAGUUAGUAACGGCGAAGGUGACACCUUGAAUCAAACCAGUUUGUCGUCCCUGAGGCAGCAGCCUGGGCCGGAAGGAUGCCCUCCGUGCCACUGCAUCAGAAGCCCAGGCAGCGCUGGCAGAAGGUGCUCUACAAGAAGCAGCCAUUUCCCGAUAACUACGUGGACCAGAGCUUCCUGGAGAAGCUCCGCAAGAACGUCCACGCGCGCCAGUACCAGUACUGGGCUGUGGUGUUUGAAUCCGGGGUGAUGAUCCAGCAGCUGUGCAGCGUCUGUGUCUUCGUCGCCAUCUGGUGGUACAUGGACGUGGGGCUGCUGGCCCCUCAGUGGUUGUUUGGGGCCGGCCUUGCGUCCUCCCUCGUCGGCUACGUCCUCUUCGAUGCCAUCGACUCUGGAGCAGGGAGGCGCGAGAGCGGGCGGACGCGGUGGGCGGAUCUGAAGAGCUCCGUGGUCUUCGUGGCCUUCACCUAUGGCUUCUCCCCGGUACUGAAGACCUUGACAGAGUCCAUCAGCACAGACACCAUCUAUGCCAUGUCUGCCUUCAUGCUCCUCGGACACCUGAUCUUUUUCGACUACGGGGCCAACGCCGCCAUCGUGUCCAGCACCCUCUCUCUCAACAUGGCCAUCUUCGCCUCUGUCUGUCUGGCCUCCCGGCUGCCCCGGUCCCUGCAUGCCUUUGUCAUGGUGACCUUCGCGAUCCAGAUCUUUGCCCUCUGGCCUAUGCUGCAGAAGAAGCUCAAAGCCCAGACUCCCCGUGGCUACGUGGCCAUCACUUUGCUGUUUGCCACGGCAGCCCUUGUGGGCCUGCUGACCAUCACCAGUGUUGGCACGGUUCUCUUUGCCCUCCUGCUGGUCUCCAUCUCAUGCCUGUGCCCUUACUGCCUCAUCAGACUGCAGCUCUUCAAGAACAAUAUCCACGGCCCUUGGGAUGAGGCGGAAAUCAAAGAAGACCUCUCCAAGUUCCUCCUGUAGACCCACGGCCCACGUAGGGGGUGCCACCACAGCUAGUGGCCAGCCGAGAAGGGGGCCCCAGGUUGAUGAAAGAACAAUGGCCGCCUUUGGAGAUGGAAGACGCGCCUCCUUGGCCUUCUGUGCUUGGGCAGUACAUUUUCCUCAAUGCCUGGGCUGCCGUUUGGGGUAGUGCCAGUAUUGUUAGAAACAAAUACUGGGAUGUGGGAAAUGUUUAAUGGGAACUCUCGUACGGUGGAAUGUGCUCUUGUUGAAAAGGGCAGGUUAGUCAUCCCUGCGACACACUUUUAAACAUACUUGAUGGAAGCACCCGGGGGGGGGGGGG